GAUCCAUUUUCUGUUGUUGUGACAUUUUGGAUUUUGCUGUAUUCGGGUUUCAGUACCUACCUACCUAAAACUAAACCUCUUGCAGGGAAGUGGGACUUUGUGAAAAGAAUUUGCAAUGGAAUGAAUUGUUUAUUAUCCGUAUUUAUAUUCAUUUAAAUAUAAAAUAGUGAUGAAUAGGCACACCAAUGACUUAUGAAAGAAAUGUGAUUUACGCUUUCAGAAUAUACACAAUGGGUUGAAAAAGCAACUGUGUGCGGCAUUUACUCUUCACUUUUUGUACACGUUACUUUACAGAUCUAUUUCACAAUCGUUUAGUUUGAAUUUAUCGAAAAUGGAGUUAGAUGUAUCACCCGUCGAAAGUAUGGACAUGGAAUAUUCAGACAAUUCCUCUGAUAAUAAAUACUUGACAUGCAGUACGAAUGAGCAAUAUACUGUCAUUCGCAUUCCACAAGAUAAUGAAAAGCCUAGUAAACAUUCCUCUAAAAAACAGUCGAAACGAAGAAAAAAAAGUUCAAACCACUCCAGGCCUUUACCAAGAAUCAUAGUAAAACCUUUGCCUCCACCUCCACCGACCGAAAACAGGGAAUGGACGGCCGCUUCAACAUGUACUGAACCAUCUUCAUCAAAUAAACCAUCAACAAUGCGUGAAGUGCUGGCUAGUAUACCAGGAUUUUGUUUAAAACCAAGAAAAAGAAGUGGAAAGAAACUGUCCACAGCCGCCCAAUUACAACAAACCAGAGAAGGUUGUAUUGACUUAGAAACACCCGACUCUAUACUUGUUAAUACUAAUAUUAGGCAAUUAUUGAAUAAACAUACAUUUUCACUAUUGCCUCCUUUGUAUCAGUGUAAACUUGGACAAUUACUUCCUAACGUUGAUAGGAUCAGUUCUUCCGGAAGGUUAAGUUCAUCUAGUCUUAAUAAUGAGUUUUUUGCCCGUGCUUGCUUGGAAUGGCAAGAAGGUCUUUCAGGAGGUGAAUUUACACCAGAAAAUCAGCAGAAAAUGAAGACUGAAGCAGAAAAAGAAAAAAGUAAGAUUGAUCCUUGGAAGCUUAAGCAUUUUGAGCCAUUUUGGGGUGAAAAAUCAAGAAAAGAAAAAUCUUCAUCAAAUGUAAAUUCAGAACGGCCAUCAUUAAAAACCACAAUCAAACUAAGACCAACAGCAUCAAUAACUAGCAGCAGUACUGUACCAAAAGUUAAAAAAAGUAAAUCAUCAAGUAACAGCAAGAGAAUGCGCUCUGUUGGAGCUGUGACACGCUCCUCCGCAAAAGUUGAAGAAAAUGAUGAAGAAUGUAGUAUAGCAACUAACAAAACUGCAGCUCCAAUACCAGAUUUGUUGCCUAUUAAAAAUGCUAGGGGGCACAAUCAUGGCUAUGUUGAAUUUCCAAUGGAUUUUAGUUUUUCAGAUUCAUCUGUAGCUAGAACUGAUGACACUGUGUCAACUACACCUGUUGAUCCUCUUCUACUUCCAGAUAGUGAAAGUGAAAUUAAACAAGAUCUAGAUAUGACUGUAGUCAAAAUAGAAGAAAGUAGUACAUCAAAAGAUUAUGAAGAAGAUAAGUGCAAUGAUUCAGAUACUAAUUUUGCUGAAUGUAAUAAAAGAUUAAGCAGUGACGAUGAAGAGUAUAGAUUUUCAAAAAGAUUAAGGUAUGAAGAAGAUCCUACAACUCCUAAACACUUUGAAGAGGUAAAGUGCACAGCUUCUGAUAAUGAAUCUCUUGAAUGCAUAAAGAGAAUAAACAAUGAUUGUGAUAAAUACUCAUUUUCUAAGAAAAUAAGAUUUGAGGCUAAUAAUGCUUUCAUUACAAAGCAUGCAGAAAAACCAACAAAUUGCAAUGGUUCUGAUAUAGACACUAAUGAAAAUGCAGACCAAUUAUAUCAAAACAAUGAUAAUGAUUACCCAGACCAUGAUAUAGGUGACACAAAUAGUGAAGACAGCAAGGCUACUACAUCUGCUUAUGAGUAUGAUGAGCGAAGUGUUUCUUCUAUAUCCAGUUUAAAAAUAGAGGCCCACCUUAAUAAUGUUUCUAUUGUCAAUGAGACCAAUGACAGUGAAAGAGAAUAUGAAGUAAAACAUGCUCAAGAAAGCACUAGCACUGAAAGAGAAACAAGUGAAAACAACAGAAAUAAAUUUGUACCUGAACUAUCUGAAAACAGUGAAAAUGUUUACCUUAAUGACAUUCCUGCACAACCUAAAACAUCUCCAAAAAGAACUAAAGAUGAAGUAGAUGAUGAAUCCUAUGAAAAUAUUGAAAUGAUAAAAGAUGCUGAUGAUAAAACCCUUGUUCAUCAGAAUGUAGAGGGAAUAGACUUGCAAAAUGAUGAUACUGAAACUGUUCAUAAGUCUCCUGAUAAAUGUAAAGGUUUACAAGAUGCUCCCAACUACUAUGAUGAACACUUUAAGGAUGCAGAGUCAUUUAUUUUAGAGACUGGUGGCUUACCUAUUAUUUCAUCUCAGAGUGAAGAUGUAAAAUAUACAUCCCAGCCUAAUUUUAUGGAACUGACAUCUUACAUGAGUGAAACAAAUGCUACUGCAAUAGUCACAAUGCCCAUGACACAGACCACUUCUUUGCCAAUGAUGGAGGUGACAAAUACAUCUAUGGUAUCAUACCCUGAAGACAUGCAUGACCCUGCCAAACCUAAGAACUCUUCAAUUUUAUGGAAAACUGAAAAUGAAUGGGUAAACAAUGAAAACAUUAUAACAUUACAUAACUUUUCUAACAUGAACACAGAUAGUGCAAAAUAUGUAAGUGAAGAUUCAAAAACAAGUAUAGAAGAUGUAAAUAUAAAUGAUGAGAAUUGUAUGUUUAAAGAGGAGAGAGAUGCCAAUUUUAAUAUGGAGUCAUCAAAUUCAUCGGAGAGUUGUCAAUCAAUGAAAGAUACAUUAAAGCAAGAAUCAGAAGCAGUACCUAAUCUAGUGUCUAGUACAACUGUGGCAAAUCCACAAGUGAAUUCGUCAGUGACACACACUGUUAGAUCUUCUGGAAAGAAAUCAAAAUCUGGAAAAGAGUCAAGCAGGAGUCGCAGCACAAAUAAAGUACCACCAGGGGCUGUAAACCUAGAACGGAGCUAUCAGAUAUGUCAAGCUGUUAUUCAGAACAGUCCAAACCGUGAUGCCCUGCGGAGUCAAUUGAGGCCUCCUCCAGCGCUACUGACGAGACCCACACGGCAACCUCGGCCACCACCUCCUGUUCUAGUUAGACAAGUAUCUGGAGCUGUUAUACAACACAAUGAGAUAAAUGAGAAUCGACCAAACAACAUGGGUCAAUAUAUUCUAGUUCAAAGAACUCCAAACGUUGCACCUCGAGCAUCAAGUGCGCCACCCACCAAUCAGAAUAUAAAUAUUAAUGUAACACGAUGCAGAAGUGUGGGCGCUGACGAUUCUUGCGUCUGCAACUUGCGCGCAAUGAUUCUGUGCAAGAAGUGCGGUGCCUUCUGCCACGACGACUGCAUCGGAUCUGCGGAACUCUGCCUCACCUGUCUUAUACGCUGACCACUGGAGCUUCUCCGAAUACCUUGCCAUAUCCAAGCAAUAGACUGAUAAUAAUUUUACUUUUGUGUUAGGAGUGCAGUGAUACGUUGGACUGAAAGUGAAUUAUGAAGCCAAAUGGAAUGUAAUGUGGUUGUAUGAACGGUGGUGCUAAAUGAUUUAAACAUGUCAAGUCUUCACUUAUUUUCAGGAACAUUUUAGAACGGAGAGUGGCAUGUAGAUCAGGACUGUCUCUGAGACACGUUUUAAUUAUAUUUCAGUGAAAAGUGUGUAAAUAAAUAGUAUCAUUUUGAUAAUAAUCAUUAGAGAGCAAGUGCAGUAAUUUUUAUUAAUGAGCAAAUUAUCCUACAGUGCUAUGCUGUGGGAUGCCUAGGUGCAGUACUAAAUGUAAAAGAUAUAUUUAUACAUUGUAUAUUUCAAAUAAAUUGUAUCUUUGUUAGCAAUACCUAGCUUGUGGAUGGAUACAUAUUAUGUAUAAUAAAUUGUUUCAUAUAUAUAGUAUGAUCAUAAAUUAACAAAAUUGUACUGGAAAUAUUUAUACAUGUGCACAAAUGUUUUGUAGUGAUAUUUUUUAAUAAAAAUAGGUUAUGUAUGUAAAUUUCACAUUCGGAUACAGCUAUAUAAACUUAUUAUGGUUCUGACAGUGAAUGAUUAUGCACCGAAUCAUUAAUAUAUUUAAGAUUUAUGUUUGAAUAUCUAGUUAUUAGAAUAAGACAGUAUAUUUUUGCCAUUUUCUUAUAAUUUUGAAACAUCACAAGUUUUAAGUUUUCACUUCUUUUUCAUCUUAAUAAUGGUAUCAGGUAUCAAAUCGAAGCUAUAAAUAAUAGCAAUUAUAUAAAAUUAAAGUGGCUACUGAAAAUACGAUUGUGCAAAGCUGUAGCAUUGUUUAGCUUCAAAAUCUGUCAGGAUAAACGAUUUUGUUUUGAAAUAUCCAAAUAUCAUUUCAUAUAAUGUUACAAAAUCUUCUUCAUUUUUUUUUUGACAUUGAAUGUAAGGAGAAUCUAUUGUCUCUGCUGAUUUAAAUUAAUAAUAAGUGUUUAAAAUUACGUUUUUUCUACUGGUUUCUUUAUGUUUUGUAAGUGUAUGUACAGAUAUUUAUUGUCUUGAGAAGGCUGAUGAAUGUAACAUCGGAUAUAGUUUUAAGUGAUCGUGUAGAUUUAAAUAUAUAAUUGAAGCUAUCUUUGAAUAUUUACAAUCCUCUGAAUUUUUUUUCAAUUUAAGGUUAGGUUUUUUUUAAUUAAAAAUGCUAAGAUAUAUGGAACUCAGUUUUUAAUACAAAGUUUAGUGUACAUUUAACAUAUUUUGAUAGUUGCACACAUGUAUUUGUAUUUGUCCUUAUUUAUAGUACAGAAAAUUGCUCAUUGUGGUUUAUAACCUAUGUCUCUUAUAUUUAAAUAAUGACUACAAAUUAUUUUACUAUAAAAGUAAUAAUAACUUUAGCAUACUAAUAAACUCGCAAAAUAUUCUAUUAAUGAAAAUAAGUUUUGUAAUUCUUAUUUUUGGAUAAUAAUAGACUGAGGUUGAUGUGGAUUUUCAUACUUGCAAAUUUUUUAUACUAAAAAUGCUUUUUUGAAAGUAUUGCUACAUACUUUCAUGAAUAAAUAGGUACUAAACUAAUUUUGCCUGACUCAAUUUUAUCAAACGAUUUUGUCAAGCCAAAAGGUGUGCGCUAACAUGUUUUGUCCCAUAUUGUUAGAAAUAUGCAUAUUUUUCAUAUUGUAUAGGUGAGCAAUAAAUACGUUAAGAUAUAAAUUUGUUUCAAUAUAUGAAUUACGAAUCGUUAACAUGCUUGCGCCAUUACCAGCCGAGUAAUCAAAUAUCAAAUCGGAAGCGUUUUCCCGUCUUAUUUACAUUUCAAUUCAUUGCAGGGGGGGGCAAUUUCCAUUUUUUUUUUGAUUGAAGACAGUUAUUUAUGGCUCACCUGUAACUAAUGUGCCAUUUUUAUAAAAAAUAUUUAAGAACGGAGAACUUGCGGCUUUCUGCAUAUUAUACAAAUAUUUAUACCCUAGGCUAAGCUAUGUGAACAUUAGCAUCUACAUAGUAUUAAAAUUGUCACAUUCAAAUUUUGAAACUGAUAAAUUAUUUCAUAUCUUUUUUGGUAACAUAUAUUAUCAUUUUUAGUAGGCACGUUUUGUAGCUUCUCUUUCAAGCGUUUUUUUAUGUUGAAUUUAUUAAAGUGUAUUUUUUACAAUACGAAGUUAUUUUAUAGUGCAAAUGAUCGUGAAUAGAAAACGGUUUUUGUGUAUGUAGUUAUAGGGUAUUGGUAAUUUUAUAUAUGCAGUAAAUAUAUAUUUUUGCGAAGUGGAUUUGUAGGAUUGUCCCAACCUGCGUAUUUUUCCUUUUUCGUCCCUCUGCUAUUAUCAUCGUAACACACUAUUUUCAACAACGAUCAUAGUAUGUUUUAUGUACUAGAUACAAUCAGUUUUAAAUUAUACAUAUUCCAAGAAACUUUGGAUUAUAUUUCCUCCAUUAAUAUUUUCAAACUAUAUCAAGGUACUCGCUGCUACUCUUUGGAUCCCUCCACUUAAAAUUAUAUCUCACCCAUACUGAUAGGUACACGUACUACAUUGUCUUGCUUGGAAUAUUAGUUUUUUUUAUAGCAAAUUUGCUGAAAAUAUUAGUAUGGAAACGUGGUUUAUGUUAUUUUAUUAAUACAAAAAUGAGCAUUAUUAUAAAAAUGUUCAUAGAAACAACGUCAAUGUCGACACAUUUAAUUUUAUAUUUAAAAUAUCUAGCGUUUUUUUAUUAUAAUAUACCUACAUACAAUAAUAAAUAGUGCUCAGUAAAUCAUCUAAACUCUCAAUUAAUAAAUAUAUCAAAUCGAUAUCAACUUUUACUAAUAUUUAAUCACAUAAAUUUUGGGGCAUACUUAUAUAUUAAUUAACAUGGACCGUUCAUUGAGAACGAGAUUUCUUUGUUGACACCAUGAACCAGCUAAUUUAUUCAUCGUCAAAAUAAGGUAUAUAAUUAAACAUUUUCAUUUGAAAAUAUUGAAGGGUUUUGCUCCACUCGACGGAAUUUAUUAGAAAACCACAUAGGUUUAUCGGAUUAUGUAAAACACUAAUAGUUCUAUUUGAGUUUUUACAUCAUACAUUUAUUAUGUACAAAAUUCGCAAUUGUUAUUUAUUGGUAUAAGUUAAUUUAAGCACAUGAACACUUUCUCUAAUUAAAAUUAUGUUCUUUAGAAA